UGUCACCGGGACGUCUCCAUGGCGACGUUUAGCAGCACAGAGCGGCUCUGGAACGACUCAGACCGCCUUGGAUGGGACGAGAGGAAUGAGAGCGUGGAGGCGUCAGGGCAGGAGGAAACAGAGCGCAACUACUACGCCAUGCUGUACUCCCUGCUGAUCCUGGCCAUCGUCUUUGGGAACGUGCUGGUGUGUCUGGCUGUGCUGAGGGAGCGCUCCCUGCAGACCACCACCAACUACCUGGUGGUCAGCCUGGCUGUGGCCGACCUCCUUGUUGCCUCACUGGUCAUGCCCUGGGCUGUCUACCUGGAGGUGGUUGGUGGUGCCUGGCUUUUCAGUCGCCUCUACUGUAACAUCUUUGUCACUCUGGAUGUGAUGAUGUGCACCGCCAGUAUCCUCAACCUGUGUGCUAUCAGCAUCGACAGGUACACAGCGGUGGUGAUGCCUGUCUUGUACAACACCACCCACAGCUCCAGGAAGAGAGUUUCAGUCAUGAUUGCCACUGUGUGGAUCCUGGCCUUCGCCGUCUCCUGCCCCCUGCUGUUCGGCUUCAACACCACAGAUGACCCCAUGGUGUGCUCCAUCUCCAACCCUGACUUUGUGAUCUACUCCUCGGUUGUGUCCUUUUACCUCCCUUUUAUCGUCACUCUGCUGGUCUACGUCCGCAUCUACGUCUUCCUCAGGAUGAGGAGGAAGAGGAUCACCUUCAGCCAGGCCAGCGGGAAGGUGCAGCCGGGCUCGACCCCACCGUCUGUGGAGACCUGUCUGCAGGAAGAGACUCCCAAGGUGAAGCAAGACCUGUCACCUAUCAGGAUUAAAGUGGAGAGCGUCGAGACCCCUGGGCCUCCCAAGCCCCUCCUGUUGUCAGGGUGCUUAUGGCGCAAACGCCCCAAAACAGGCCCUGUAGAGAACUCUCUGCUGCCCCCAGUGGACACACAGAACUAUUGCAGCAUUAGCCACGCCUCCUGUGGCCGCACCGAGCUGGACCACGAGCAAGCCGAGGAAGAGGAGGCAGAGGACAACAAGCAAGACCAGCAGCCUCCCGUUAGGAGGAGCUGUGAAGUGAAGGAGCUGUCCAAUGGACGCACACACACGGCCCUGAAGCCCCUCCCUCGCUCGCGCUCCAACCAAGCGCGGUUCAGGAGCAUGCACGCACGGGAGAAGAAGGCCACUCAGAUGUUGGCCAUUGUGCUUGGGGUAUUUCUCAUCUGCUGGCUGCCCUUCUUUGUGACUCACAUUCUGAACACCCACUGCAGGACAUGCUACGUGCCUCCUGCGCUUUACAGUGCUUUUACCUGGCUGGGAUAUGUCAACAGUGCCCUGAACCCCAUUAUCUACACCACCUUCAACAUUGAGUUCAGACGGGCCUUCAUCAAGAUCCUCAGCUGCUGAGGGAGAGGGAGCGCCAGGAAAAUAAAAUAGAAAUGAGGCCAUGGUCAGAUGUGAUGCGUUUGGCAAACAGUGGCCACAGAUGCUCACCGGUCACAGCAAAAGACACACAUGUCUGUUUCAGCAAAGACAAUGGAAAGCAUGAACAUGGACUCACACAGUGGUGUGCAAUAAAUGCGAACAAAAAGAUUGUUACUUAUCUCAGAUUUGUUCCGACAAAGACUUUACACACUCAAAGCUUUGCUUUUAAAGAGGGCUGGCUCACCUUUUGAAUAGUAUUAUUCCUCAAAUUGUUUAUACUGACAUAAAGUUUCACACAAUGUACAUGCAGUCUAAGCAAUAGAACAGACUUAUUUGUGGAUAUGUAACGUACACGGUGUGUUCUGCUCAGUCGCACAGCUCUUCAGCUCAUUGCUAUCUUAUUAAUGCACCGCCGUGGUUCUGCAAGUUUGGAAGCACUCAACUAUGGCAGGUAGAUAAAUUGAUCUCAAAUCAGUGUGAAUGAUCCACUUCUGUGGCUGCAGCUGCACUAUGUGGAAUCACUGCGUUACUCAGUCACCUGCAUCAUCAUCAUCAGGUAUUCACCACCGCAUGCACAAACCACAGUCCCAGGCUGUUCACUUGAAUUGUGCUGGAGAAGUGUCAUCAGGGGUCCUGCAAACGACUCAAGUCAUAAUGAAGAUCACCAUGUAUAUCGAUGUGGAGGCAUUGUGCUCAAUGUGGAGUCUUUUGAAUUCAUUUGUAAGAUUUUGAUGUGAUGCACAGUGGAAGCAUUUUAAAUGUUUUUUUUUUUUUUUUUUUUUUUUAUGGCCAGACCUCUCUGUGAAUUCAAGCUGCCUGCUGGCUGUUGUGAAGCUGCGAUGCUCUUUGCCUCCUUGAAGGUCUGACUGGAGGAGAGCUCUGUGAUCUUGAGAAAUCAAGCAGGAUUGUAAAGU